GUCGUUUGAGGGGCGCUGGCGCUGAGGUUCAACAGCAGCGGUUCGAGUUCAAGCAUCACAGCUAAGGAGCAUCGUUGUGAUAGAUUAAUUCGUUCGAAAAUCGUGUAACGUUGCUGCCUUUGACUGAUUUACUACUAACGAUCUGUGCUGGUAGUAUUCAUGUACAAUCUACGUCCAAGACAUCGUCAGCUAUCUUCAACUUCAAGACCUUCGUCUGAAGUUCUAAACGAUGACGAUCGACUGUCGAGAUCUUCGAGAUCUUCGUCACUCUCUCGGCACUCUUCUAGAUCGUCUUCACUCAUAGAUCUACGGCAUGGGGUCAGAAUACCGCAUACCAUAGCAUUACCAAUUAGGGAUAUGGUUGAUUCGUUUUCGGAUUUGGAUGGAAUCAGUGUGAACCAAGGUACAGUAGAUACACGGCUACCGCAACUGGGGUUUCACUCAGUGCACGGGCAAAACGUCAUCCUACAAAAAGGUGGUCGAGUGGCGAAACGGAAAGAAAGCUUUUGUAAAGGACUUGCGUUCUCGAAUAGGCCUGUAUCUGUAAACGAAAACGUUUGUAUACGACUCACUGAGGUGUCCACGAGUUGGAAUAUUCAAGUACCAAAAUUCGCUUGUCCGGAUCUAACUUCUAAAGAAGGAUUCUGGGCAAAAGCUCUUCCUGAGCGAUACUCCGUAGAAGGGAACAUUCUGCAUUUCUCUAUCACUCAUGCUGGCGAUCUUUGUUACGGAGUAAAUGGUGUUCAUAAGGGUGUAUUUUUGGUCGGAAUUAAUGUGUCGCUUCCAAUAUGGAUAAUCAUUGAUAUUUAUGGAAACAGCGUUGCUGUGGAAUUUGUUGAUCCGUCAGAUUUCCGCGUUCCUCGUGCAUCAUCAACAACGACGUCAUCACGUAUCACAAGUGCAAGUAAUCCUAGCCAUGAACCGGAACAAUCAGCGCCUGUGAUAGCACCGACAUCAUCAACUCCACAAAUCCAAAAUGCUAGCAAUAGCGCUUCUGCAAAUUUUGAACCUCUACGCUUCCAUCAGAUGACGGGUAGACACGUGUCUCUUAAUACUAUGCGAAAUAUGGCUAGUCGCUGUAGCAGCGAAUAUGCGCAAGGUUACGUUUUCUCCGAACGACCGAUACGUAAUAAUGAAAAGGUUGUUAUCGAGAUUGUAAGCGUUCUGCAACUUUACAAAGGUGGUUUGGCAUUCGGAGUGACUUGCUGUGACCCGGGGACGCUUCGCCCGGCUGAUCUUCCGGAUGACUCGUCCGACUUGAUUGAAAUGCCACAGUACUGGGUGGGAAUCAAGGAUAUUGCCCUACAGCCUCGUGUUAACACUGUGCUUAGUUUUUGGAUCACUGAUGCGGGUGAAGUAAAAUUUGAAAAGGACCAAGGUAUUGCUCGUACAGUCCUUCAUGUUGACAAUUCGCUUCCUCUUUAUAUGUAUUUUGAUAUUUAUGGAUCGACUCAAGCAAUUAAAUUGCGGGGAACAAUGCCUGUAUCUCGAUCUCAUUCCCCACUUCCAAGAACCACUUCUUCAACAACUACGGCUCCGACACGGGUUGCACUUCCGCCAUUGCCAACGAUGAUCAGGAGAGAGUCUCCUGCUUUGCCUUCCUCGCGACCAUCUCAUCCUUACGAGUUCUCAUCGAAUAUUUUGCGCGUUCUCCUUCGUGACCAGGAUAAUGCAACUUCAGAUGCGCCAGCUCCAAACUCUCACGACGACAGCUAUGAGGAAGUUACUUCUCAUCGACGGAGUCGUCCAACUCCGCCACCGAGAAGAGCUUUGGAGGAGGCGAUGUUGCGUCGUACUGUCGAUGAUCUUCUUACGGAUUCACCACCAGUGGUUGUACUUAAUCCACCUCCGCUUGCGCCAAGACCGACUCCUCUGUUGGGACCGCUUCCAGCUCCUCCAUCGCGCCCUCCUCCUCCCACUCCUACUGCAUUAGCAAGCAGUUUGAGUAGCAGUGGCACUGGCAUAUCAUCGUCUUUGCAUAGUGCAAACUCUGCAUUGGAGUCUUUGCUUGGGCGCCCAUCGGGUGUUAGCCAGGACCUGCCAUCGUCAUCGCGAAGAGAAUCAAGCGAUCGUGAAGAGGGACCACAAGGCGACGAUACAGAUGAAUGCACGGUUUGCAUGUCAGCAAGGGUGAACAGUGCUUUGUACAAGUGCGGACAUUCCUUUAUGUUAUGUUAUUAUUUCUGA